UGAUCAUUGGUGCAAAUAACCACAAACCACCCAACAUGCCGAAACGGAAACGGAGCUACGAACCCACUCUCUCGGAGAAGCUUACACAAUGGCACAAGGAACUCGCGCGGGGCAUGAAGACGGCUAAGGGUUUCGAGCGCCAGCGUUUAAGCAAGCGCAUCCGCGAAGCCCAGGCCCAGGGCACUCCAGACAAGGCGGCGAGGCUGGAGAGGGAGGUCGCUGUGCUGAAGAGUCUCGACCUCCAACAAGCUGCACACGCGCACCUAUGCUCGUCCCUCUUAAAAAUCAAAGGCGUCGCCGAGUCCCCCCGACUACCGUCCGAUCUAGUGAGACCUAUACCGAAGCCUGACGGCCUAUCUGAGGAGGAGAAGGCGGCGCUGCAUAAUGUGACGAGUGCGCUGUGCAAUCGCAAGCAGAUCCGCGAUGUGAUCGAGGAGGCGAUUAUGGGGACGUGCAUGGCUUUGCGGGUGCUGAUGCCGGAUAAGAUGAAGAAGGGCGGGAAAGAUAAGAAGGAUAAGAAAGAGAGGACGAAAGAAAAGGAGGGGCAGACUGAUGAGAGAGAUGAUGGUGCGAAGGUAGUUGGUCGGGGGAAGGAGAAAGAAGAUGAGGAACAAGCCGGAUCUGGAGAAGAGGAGCCCGAGCCGGUGCUGUUGAAGAGGAAACGGGAUAAUGUCGCGGAGGAGGAACAAGAGGUCAGUGGCGAUGAAGAGGAUGAGCCAGAGGACGAGGAACCGUUUGAAGGCUUUUCGGGCAGCGAUGCGGAAGAACGAGUAUGGUCACGGUACGAUGCUUUCGUAGCAGGUUCUUCCAGCGACGAAGAUGAAUCGGAUGAAGACGGGGCAAGCGAAGAUGCGCUCGCAGCGGAUAGCAAGUCACGAUCAGUCCGAAAAACAACGACCGCCGACGAUAUUUUCAUCUCAUCAGCCGACUCUGCGUCAGAAGACGAAGAUGAAGACGAAGAAGACCUAGACAUAUCAGGUAGCGAAAGCUCCGCAUCCGCUUCCCUCCCACCACCGAAGAAGUCCAAAACCGCAAGAUCCGGCCCCAUCUCGGUCAACGGGUCCGCGUUCCUGCCUUCUCUAAUGGGAGGUUACAUAUCAGGCUCCGAGUCCGAAGCCUCCGACAUCGACGUCAACCCGCCCGAGCGGAAAAACAGGCGAGGUCAGCGGGCGCGUCAGGCUAUCUGGGAGAAGAAGUACAAGGAAAAAGCGAAGCAUCUACAGAACCAGGACAAGGGGCGGGACCAAGGCUGGGAUAUGCGCCGAGGCGCCGUGGGGGAUGACGAUGGGUCGAAUAAGCCCUGGAAGAAGGGCAUUCACAAUCCGUUUGAGAACAAGGACGUGCAUCCCGAACGGUUAAGGCAGAUGCAGGGUGGUGGGAGCGGAGGUAGACGGUUCGAGGAAAGACGGCCUAUGGUGGAUAAGCCGAGACCAAAGGCUCCCACGAAGAGAGAUGAUACGGGUCCUUUACAUCCUAGUUGGGCGGCGGCUAAGAAGGCUAAAGAAGAGGCACAGAAGGUUGAGUUUCAGGGACGUAAGGUCGUGUUUGACUAGGAUACCAAUUAGUAAAUCACAGAGACUACGAGAAUUGCAAUGC